AUGACGGCCGGUGCCCUGCGUGAGGGAGAGCUAGCUGGGUCCGGCUUUGUCUUCUGCGAGAAGAGCGGCCGGGAGCACCGGCUGCGGCUGGUGUCUCGGAUGAAACAACUCAAAUUUGGUUUUUCCCAGGAGUUGCCUGGAGUGCUGCACAUCUCCAGUGCAGCUCCGGGUGAAGGUUGUUCCCAUGCAGGGCUGGGGUCGGUCCUGGCCCCCGUGCCAGUGGUCACAACCGAAAGGCUUUCUCUUUGGCUUACCUUAGGGCUGGGCUUCAACAUUGUUGGUGGGACAGAUCAGCAGUACAUUUCCAAUGACAGCAGCAUCUAUGUCAGCCGGAUCAAAAAGGAUGGGGCAGCUUACCUUGAUGGCCGAUUACAAGAAGGAGAUAAAAUUUUAGCGGUCAAUGGCAGAGACUUGAAGGAUUUGCGGCACAAGGAUGCUGUGGAACUGUUCAGGAAUGCAGGCUGUGACGUGUCUCUGAAAAUUCAGCGCAGGUUGCAGCCACAAAAUGGCCCUGUGGGUCAUCAAGGCAAUGGAGAACCAGGUGGGCUUCCUCUAGCAGCCAUUCUUGUGCCAGGCCUGGCGCUUGCUGCAGCAGCGGUUUGGAUCUUGCUGAGGUAUCGACAGCGGAUGUGAAGAGUUCACAUUUUGGAUAUCACUGCAUAUUUUACACAGCUAUGACGUUAAUUUAAAGAUAGAGAAUCAACGAUCUUAUCACAGACUGAUGUCAAAAAGGAUCAUUGCCUAUCAUAAAGCUGCUGCUGCUGUUCUUUAAAUAUUGAUUUUGUUGCAGGGUGGAUGGAAGCAGAGGAAGGGAUGUGACUGUUCAUGUAUAGAAUGGAAUAGCUCUGUUUUUGACUAAUCUGAGGAGGUUUUGCCAUCCCCCUCUAUUUUGCACCAUGAACUUUCAAACACACUCAUGUAUUCCAUGUUUUAAGAUGUGACUUUUGGUCAAAGGGGGUGGGGGUUGGGUUUUAAAUCAAAAACAUUUACUAGAGGCUUUGCCUUGUUUCCACUGAAUUUUUCUUGAAACUAAUGAUCCCUGGCUGAACCAUGAAUAAAGAGAAGCCACGUGAAGGGUAUAUUAUUUUUUCCAUUGAAUUUUUGUUGGUUGUUGCUAAAUAAAUGCCUUAAGAAAAACGUAUAAAAUUUAAUCUGUGGUUUCACAGGUAAAAUCAUCAGUGUAGCUGCUGAUUUAACAGUAAUAUGCAGUAUUGGUGAGGUGUUCUACCAGUUCUGGAAAGAUAGAAGAUAGCCUGCUGCUAGAAAAAGACUUGGAUUGUCAGAAUGACUGCUCAUUCUUGGGUCAGAGUUGCAAGAGAAAGCUUUCCACAAAAUGCUAGCGUACCAGAGAGAGACAGGCAGACAAU